AUGAUUGAACUUGGUCUCAGCCGUGUCUCACGGCUUGUUCAGCAGAGUCCGCUGACAUGGAAAGCAAUUCAUAUUGCGGGGACAAAUGGAAAGGGCUCGAUCAGUGCAUAUCUCUCUCAUAUUCUAUCCUCAGAGGGAAUCAGAUGUGGCCGCUUUACAUCUCCGCACUUGAUUGAUCGGUGGGAUUGCAUAACGAUAGGCGAACGGGUAGUCAAAGAAUCGCUCUUUCGACAGAUCGAAGACGAGGUCAAACGCCGAGACCAGACUUUGGGCAUCGGCGCAUCCGAGUUUGAGCUAUUGACUGCGACAGCCUUUGAGAUCUUCAACCAUGAACAAGUGGAGAUCGGUGUGGUUGAGGUGGGCAUGGGAGGUCGCCUGGAUGCUACCAAUAUCUUGAAUAAUGUAUUGGUAUCAGUGAUCGCCAAAAUUGGCAUGGACCACCAGGCCUUUUUGGGAUCUACCAUUGAAGAAAUUGCUGCCGAGAAAGCUGGGAUCCUGAAAUCGGGAGUACCCUGCGUGGUGGAUGCCACCAAUGAAGCUGCGGUGAUCGAUACCAUCUCAAAACGAGCCCAAGAUCUAAAGAUCGAUGCCAGCUUCGUCUCUCCAAGUAAAGUGGAAGAACAAUUGCCACCAUUGGCCCAAUUGUUCCGCAAACUCGAUCUCGAACCUCAUCAACAAGAAAAUAUGUGCUGCGCAGUUUCCGCACUACGCCUUUCUCUAUCUAAGAUUCGCCCUGAAACGGACGCUUUCUCUCUACUUCCCCGUCUGGCCGAUGUCAAGUGGCCCGGACGAUUAGAGACCAUCUCCCUACAAUCCUUGAUUUCUCGCACAGAACCCAUCCUCCUGGAUGAGGUUCUCGGGAAAUACGUGAAUCGCAAACUUCGACCCGAUUCUGGAAGCGUGACUUGGGUUAUCGCCGCCUCAAGUGGAAAAGACCUAGCCGGUGUCUUUCAGGCUAUCAUCCGGCCUGGGGAUCACGUUGCUACGACCGAGUUUGGGCCUGUGGAAGGCAUGCCAUGGGUCACACCAACGAAUGCGUCUGAACUUGCAGGAGCCAUUCGAUCGAUACCCGAGAUCGGUCGAGUACAAGAGUUUGAAGGCGAUCUUCUUCCUGCAAUUAAGUGGGCUGGCGAAGUGGCUGACGGUCGGCCCCUUGUCAUUGCUGGUAGCUUGUACCUGGUUUCCGAUGUGCACCGCUUGCUCCGUGACGCGCAGAAAUGA